AUGGAAGCCAGUAACAAUACCAGGGCAUCUGACUUCAUCCUGGAGGGGCUCUUUGGUUAUCCUCACCUCCAUGGUCUGUUCUUUGGAGUCCUCCUGUGCCUCUUCAUGGCUGCCAUCCAAGGCAACUCCCUGAUCAUCCUGGCAAUUGCCCUCCACCCGCCUCUGCACAAACCCAUGUACUUCUUUGUUGCUAACCUGGCUCUAAUUGACAUUUUCUGCACUUCUUCUGUUCUGCCCAAAAUGAUGCAUAACCUGAUGCUGGGAAAGAAAACCAUCUCCUUUAAUGGUUGCAUGGUUCAGCUUUUUACCUUCACUUUCUCAGGAGCAACAGAGCUUGUUCUCCUCACUGCCAUGGCCUUUGACAGGUACAUGGCCAUCUGUCAUCCUUUACACUAUGUAACCAUCAUGACCAAGAGAGUCUGUAUCACAUUGGCGGCCAGUAUCUGGGCACUUGGAGUCAUAAAUUCCCUUGUACACACAUUGCUCAUGAGGCGUCUAGAUUUCUGUGGGCCCAACCUUAUCCAGCACUUCUUCUGUGAGAUCCCAGCCAUGCUGGCAAUAUCCUGCAGCUCAACUUACCUCAAUGAAAUCAUGGCAUUUAUGGCUGAUAUUUUCCUAGCCAUGCUGAACGUCUUGCUGAUUACCACGUCCUAUGGCUUUAUUAUCAGGAGCAUCCUGAAAAUUCAGGGUUCAGAAGGGAAACAAAGAGCCUUCUCCACAUGUUCCUCACAUCUUGUGGUUGGCCUCUACUACUCCACUAUGAUCUACACCUACAUCCGUCCACCCUCCAGCUACAACCUGGAGAAGGACAAGAAGGUGGCUGUGCUCUACACACUUGUGACUCCAGUGCUGAAUCCUCUGAUCUACAGCCUGCGCAACAAGGAGGUCAAAGUGGCCUUCAGGAAAAUCCAUCCAUUCUACAAGAAAAAUUCAUCUUGGCACUAG